AUUCAUCUAUCGCUGCAUCUCGCUCCCAGUCGACGACCACGUAUCCCUCUCCAGCCAUGGACUAUAUGCCCAAGAUGCCGCCGCCGGGAACAACGCCCCGCCAGGCAGUGCCUAUCACUCUGCCGCCCGAGCCCGUCAACCAGCGUCUGGCCGUGACCCUCGACAGCAACCACACCUUCGAGGUGCCAACGAAGCGCAUCCACACCACCGAGGACGUGGCCGUCUGGCUCAAGUCCGAGGCCUGCGCCCGGUUCGUCGAGUUUGUGCAGGUGCUGAACGUCCAUGUCAAGAACAAGAAGAUCUCGGAUCCGUGCGCCGAGUCCAAGGCUGUGUCGGAUCUUGUUGGCCUGCUUACGACGCUGAGCAUCUGGGUCGACGAGAUCCCGCCGCUGGAGGGCCCAAAACGCUUCGGAAACCGAGCCUUCAAGAUCUGGUACGAGAAGAUGGAGUCGAACGUCUCGACGCUGCUCUUGCCGCUGGUCCCGCCUGCCCUCGACAGGGAUGAGGUUCUCAAGGAGCUCACGCCGUACUUUACGGGCUCGUUUGGGCACUCUGUGCGGCUAGACUAUGGAUCCGGCCACGAGCUCUCGUUUGUGGCAUUCCUGCUGUGUCUCGACAUCCUGCAGGUCGUUGGACCCGACGACUUCCAUGCCCUGGUCACCCGUGUGUUUGUCAAGUAUUUGGAUCUGGUCCGCAAGAUACAGACGACGUACUCGCUCGAGCCCGCGGGUUCGCACGGUGUGUGGGGCCUCGAUGAUCACCAGUUCCUGCCGUACUUUUGGGGCAGCGGCCAGCUUCAGGAUCAUCCCAGACUGCGGCCCAAGUCCAUCAUGCAGGUCGAGCUCGUUGACCACUUUUACAGGGAGUAUCUAUACUUUGGGUGCAUCAAGUUCAUCAACGAGACGAAGCGCGGACCGUUCCACGAGCAUUCGCCACUGCUUUACGAUAUCUCUGGCGUGCCCACCUGGACCAAAGUUAAUAGCGGCAUCCUCAAGAUGUACAUUGCCGAGGUGUUGAUGAAGUUCCCGGUGGUGCAGCAUCUGCCCUUUGGCUCGCUGCUGCCCUUCCGGGAAGCCGAACACCCGAUCCGAUUCAACUAGACUGCGGCGCUCGCGCUCGCAUGGUGGACAUGAACAACAGAAAGGAUCAAGCGAGCUGCGAACACGGACCUUGAAUGUGAUGCGUCGUUCAGCCGCCGUGGUUUCGCAUGGACUCAUCGUCGCAACCGCCUCUAUCGCCAGUCUGGGGCGCUGGGUUUGGAACGGCAUGAGGUCGUGAGAUGGCAAUUCCUGAGCAUGGACAUCUGUGAAUGUGAUGAGUGUUUAUUCGAGAUCCAGUACACGCAUGGACACGGACAAUACAGGAGCAAAU